UUUUAUCACUCAAGAUGUCAAACACAUUUCGCGCCCUACUUCCACAUGAACAACGGGGAAUCCUGCUGGCCGACGGGUCUGCAAUUGCGAACCAAGAAAUCAAUUACGAGAAGCCCAUCCAACCGACAGCAGAGUACCGGCUCCCAACAACAGGCAACCCAUUUGGUAUAGUUUGGCAUGGUGCCGGGCCGCCACCACCACUCUUCAACAAGUCGACGGUGAUUCUUGCGUGGUGUCCAUAUUCCGUAUCGUACUAACAUCUCAAAGCCAUGGGCGGUGCCAGAAGUCAUUAACUAUUACCUUGAAGCUCAUGCCAAACAGGUACCAUCACUGCCUGAGAGAGAGCUGACCAUUUUCUGCCGCCAGUACUAUGUGUGGGCGUACGUCCUCACUCGCUCUGCGGCAGAGAGAGAGACUCUCUUGGCCCCUGUUCGUGCGAUGGCGGAAUUGGAGGAUACAGCACACAAAGGUAUCAAUACCUACACUUCCUGGUACCAAAGGAAAGAACGUGGAUGCCCAUGGGCAACUGUCGUUUUCAACGGGGGAAUUUGGCCCGGUUUUUUUGGUACCGCACUCUGCAGUAGUUAUUGCGGGGGGGGAUCAUAACUGACAUUUACAGAACGCAUCGGCCAACAGAGAGGCACUAUUGGAUCCUGAAUCUGCGGUCAGAUACAGCCUCGGUGACUAUCAUCAUUACCAAGAGUGGCUUGACAAGGUGAUGAGGAGCGACGAAUGUGAUCAGCCGGUCGUCCUCGGUUCGGCACUUGACCCAAAUAGACCAAUUCAGAACCGCAACCCAAUAUUUUAUGUGACGGGAGCACCCGAUGGCACCGCGAAUACGUAAGUUUCAGGCGUAUGCCUACUGUCUGAGCUUUCAUUUCGCUGUUGAUCACUAUAGUAAGAAAUGUCCAAAGUGCCAGGUUUCUCGCUUUCUGAGCGGCCGACAAAAUAAAUGGCGACGAAUGGUGCUGUCGGUGGAAUCUGUCAGCAUUGUAAGGAGGGAUUGGUUUGUGGAGGAGAAGAAGGCGCUCCGGAAUGUUGUGGUGUUUUCAAACACAGGAUUUGCUUCUCGGCGGCCCAAAUCCGUAACGCCAGAGGACAUGACACCAUCUCUUACGCGGUAAGUGAUGUAAUAUUCCUCUUGUUGAAUUAUGGUAUGCUAACAUAUUAUAGACAUGUUUUGCAUGUGUCAAGAACAACCAGCAGGUCAUUGGAGGUCCUACGCGUGCAGGACCGGGAUAAUACGGCGAUGAAGGAUACCAAGAUGGUGAUCCAAUUUUUCGAGGAUUGCUAGAAGAUUGGAAUGGGAUACUCUAGCUACAGAGACUUGGACCAGAGGAUCUUUCGUCGCAGAUGGCCUAUUGUCA